AUGUCCAACCUUCCAUCAGAGCCCGAGUUCGAGCAGGCAUACAAGGAGCUGGUCUCCACGCUUGAGAACUCCUCACUCUUUGAGAAGAACCCCGAAUACAAGAAAGCCCUGAAGAUUGCCUCCAUACCUGAGCGGAUUAUCCAGUUCAGAGUCGUGUGGGAGGACGAUAAGGGCGAGGUCCAGGUCAACCGUGGAUACCGAGUUCAAUUCAACUCUGCUCUUGGUCCAUACAAGGGUGGCCUCCGAUUCCAUCCAACUGUAAAUCUGUCCGUCUUGAAAUUCUUGGGUUUUGAGCAAAUUUUCAAGAAUGCUUUGACCGGCUUGAACAUGGGUGGUGGUAAGGGUGGCGCAGAUUUCGACCCCAAGGGGAAGUCAGACAACGAGAUCAGAAAGUUCUGCUGCGCGUUCAUGAGCGAACUUGGAAAACACAUCGGCGCAGACACUGAUGUUCCUGCUGGUGAUAUUGGUGUUUCCGGGCGCGAGAUUGGCUGGCUGUUCGGGCAAUACAAGAAGCAGACCAAACUCUGGGAAGGUGUCCUGACGGGCAAAGGAGGCACCUGGGGAGGAUCUCUCAUCCGCCCAGAAGCCACAGGUUAUGGCGUUGUAUAUUACGUUGAACACAUGAUCAAGUACGCCAGUGGUGGCAAAGAGUCUUUCUCUGGCAAGAAAGUCGCCAUCUCUGGAUCUGGAAACGUCGCACAGUACGCUGCAUUGAAAGUCAUCGAGCUUGGUGGUACCGUCGUUUCCCUAAGCGACAGCAAGGGAGCCAUUAUCGCCACCACCGACAAAGGCAUUGAAGCAGAACUAAUCGAGGUCAUCGCUAAACUGAAGGUGGAGAGAAAGCAACUGUCAGAAGUGGCCAGCACAUCAGACUUCAGCAGCAAAGUCAAGUAUGUUGAUGGAGCCCGCCCAUGGCUGCACGUUGGUGAGGUUGAUGUCGUCCUACCCUCGGCAACCCAGAACGAAGUGUCAAAAGAAGAAGCCGAGGGUUUGAUCAAGGCAGGUGCCAAAUUCAUUGCGGAAGGAAGCAACAUGGGAUGCACACAAGAGGCAAUUGACGUUUUCGAAGCCGAUAGAAAGUCCAAGAAGGACCAGGCAAUCUGGUACGCUCCUGGCAAAGCCGCCAACGCCGGAGGUGUUGCAGUCUCUGGCUUAGAGAUGGCUCAGAACUCUGCACGCAUCAAGUGGACUUCAGAGGAGGUCGACGAGAAACUCAAGGACAUCAUGAAGAACUGCUUUGAGAAUGGUUUACAAACAGCAAAGACAUAUGUGACCCCUGCUGAGGGCGAGUACCCCAGUCUGGUGGCUGGUAGCAAUAUUGCAGGUUUCAGCAAGGUUGCUGCUGCCAUGAAGGACCAGGGUGAUUGGUGGUGA